AUGAAUGAUCAGAUCCAUCUUCAGGACUUGAUGAAGACUCCUGCAGUUGCGUUCAAUAAAAGGAUUGAGCAUGGGCACAAAUCAUGGAGGCUUGCUGAAAACCUGACUUUCUGCCUAAAUCUGCAGUGUAAACUACACCGCAUCAUGAUGAUGACUAUUAAAAAAGAAGUCAACUAUCCAGUUACUAACUGUAUAAAAGCAGGCAAAGGUGGCAAAUCCAAGCGUGGCAAAGGCAAAAGCAAAGGCUCCAAGAAGAAACCAAAGAAGUUGGUGACUAACGUGGAUAUCCUCAGCCCAGCUGCCAUGCUGAAUGCCUACUACAUCGCCCACAAUGCUCCGGCCUGCUUGGAGUUUCGGGGCUUCCCCUGGCCUGGCUCACCCAAAAGGAAAGGGAAGAAAGGAAAGUAGGAACCUGAUGGCUGGAAGGAGAAAGACCAUGAUGUACCAAGCUCCACCUGUCUGUUGUUGAAGAUAGAAACCAAGUUGAUAACUCAGGUCUCUUAAGUUUUGCCAUAAUCUCUGUGAAGGCCACUUGUUAAGUCAUUCUUGGUAUGGUUUUGAGCAUACAGAAGUAAAUGUUAAAACACAGUUUAAUGUUACCCUUGUCCUUUACCCUUCUAGGAAAUAAUAAUAAUAAUAAAAAAAAAAGUACCUGUAUCAGCAGUUCUGUGAUAUGCAGAGAGAUGACUUUGGACUUUGUUCCUGCUACAGUUAUGAAUUGGGCGUCUCUAAUAAAAGAUGCCAUGUAUUCAUGCUUUCAUGGCUGCAAGCACUUGAAAUGAAGGUGGCCAAAGUGCGGCCUCAUAACAUACAGGCCAUGGAGACUUCAGAUGUCAACAUGCAGUCAUCUGUCUCGGUUCUAACAUCCUGGCUGAAGGCUGCAGAUUUCAUGGUCAAGAGUGGGUGUUUUGUACUAAUUAAAUGCAGCCUACAGGUAUCUGGCAGAUUACCCACCCGACCUCUAGUUAGCAAUGUUCAGUUGCUCUGAGUGCACAUUUGUACAAUCACGGAGCUAGUUCAAGCGAACUUUACUGCCUUUGUUCCCCUCCCCACUCCUCUCCUCAUCU